UUCGCAGAUGACCACUCGAAGAAAUACUGUUACAGGGAUAAUUAUACUUUGCAGAUCAAUCCAAACUCCGGGAUGUGCAACGAAGACCAUCUGUCCUACUUCAAGUUCAUCGGCCGCGUGGCGGGGAUGGCUGUCUAUCAUGGGAAGCUCUUGGAUGGUUUCUUUAUUCGCCCUUUUUACAAAAUGAUGCUUCAGAAGCCAAUAACUCUUCACGAUAUGGAAUCUGUGGACAGUGAGUACUACAGUUCCCUGAAAUGGAUUCUUGAAAAUGAUCCCACAGAAUUGGACCUCCGGUUCACAGUGGACGAAGAACUUUUUGGGCAGGUUUGUUCCCUUACGGACUCUGUGUGUGUGUGUGUGUGUGUGUGUGU